UUCUCCAAUUGGCAGCUAGGAGGGCGUAGCCUUCGAGAAGGACGUUCCAUUGAAAAAGGACAAGGACCGCUUGCCGGUCCCUUGGAUUGGAGUCAUCGACAGACAGAGACAGACAGACGCGACUGAUCGCCCUUACAGGAGGGCCGACGGUAGAGAUGGGACAGCACGUGACCAGGACCGACUUCGAAUGGAGCUACACGGAGGAACCGCACGCGAGCAGGAGGAAGGAAAUCCUAGCAAAACACCCUGAAAUAAAGCAACUUUUCGGACACGACCCAAACUUCAAAUGGGUGGUUUUGGGAAUGAUGGCUCUGCAGGCUGUGCUCGUCAUGUACGUAAAGGAUUUCUCUUGGCCAAUGUUGGUGCUGGCGUCCUACUGCGUCGGCGGAGUCAUCAACCACUCUCUCAUGCUUGCCGUGCAUGAAAUCGCACACAACCAGGCAUUUGGUCACGGCCAGCCGAUGCUGAACCGUUGGUUCGGCAUGUUUGCCAACCUUCCAAUCGUUCUUCCCUUCUCAAUCAGCUUCAAAAUCUACCACUUGGAGCACCACAGGUACCAGGGCGACGAGAUCAAGGACACAGACAUCCCUACCUACCUGGAGGCGCGCCUCUUCUGCAACACAUUCGGCAAGUUCUGCUGGGUGUGCUUGCAGCCCUUGUUUUACGCAUUCCGCCCACUCGUCACCUAUCCUAAGGCGCCAACCAGGCUCGAGGCAAUCAACGUAGUCAUCCAGAUGAUCUUCAACUUCUUAGUCUACCAAUACAUAGGUGGCAAAGCGCUGACCUACCUGGGCGUGGGAUCGCUGCUUGCAAUGGGCCUGCACCCUGUGGCUGGCCACUUUAUUUCUGAGCAUUAUAUGUUCAAGAAAGGCUACGAAACUUACUCGUAUUACGGGCCACUCAAUUUCAUCACGUUCAACGUCGGCUACCACAAUGAACACCAUGACUUCCCAGCAGUUCCGGGCUCCAGGUUACCUCAGGUGAAGAAAAUAGCGCCUGAGUACUACGACAAUCUGCCGCAGCACCACUCGUGGUCGGCAGUGCUGUACGACUUUAUUAUGGACCCCGACGUUGGUCCAUAUGCCCGCAUCAAGCGAAAAAGCAAGGGUCUUGACUAGAUCUUCAGCGCCCACUCGCCUGAAAGUACUCAAAUUUGAUCUGACUGUGGACCAUAACCAGAAUUAAGUGUGUAUGAAAAAUUCUGUCCUAUAACGAGCGUGUGUUAAUUAAGUAAAUUAUUUUUGUUGAACAAUACGUUACGCAAACAGCGGAGUUCGCCAUUUCAUUCUAUUGGAUGAACCACACUGUCUGUCAAUCACACAAGAGUGCUAAAUUUUUUGAGACUAUCCCGACAACAACCUGUUCUUUCGAAUCAAAAACCGCAAUAUAUAUAAAUGUCCUGCUGGCUAUAUAAUAUUUAACGCGUAAACAACAGUUGAAAUCCGAUGUGUUCAACGCUGCUGAGUUCACCAUCAAUGUUUGAUGGCUUGAGUUACCGCGAGGAAAAUAAAACUGGUGAUAAUACGUUGUUCGUAAA